AUGCAUGAAACUAUCACCUCCCAAAACUACAAUAAGCCAAACGUUAAGGCAAUAAGGAACAACAUAGCGUGCAUUCUGAACACAUCAACAGCGGUACCAUUUAAAUAUUUCAUGAGCAGAUUUAGGUGUUUCUAUUGUCCAAAAGAUUUUGAUGACUGUGAACAACUGAAAGUACAUUCCAGUUCCGAGCACCCGUUUUGUACUACCGAAAUAAAAUCCAUGAAGCUGAGGAAUAGGCAUGACGGUGGUAUUAAAGUUGAUAUUUCAUUGUUGUCAUGUAAGAUAUGUACGGUGAAAAUAGAUAAUUUAGAUGCGUUGAUAGAUCAUAUGAUAAAUGAACAUAAAAUAUAUUACGACAAAAGCAUACCAAACAACUUGCAAGCUUACAAACUAGUCAAAGAUAAUUUUCCUUGUCCGUUUUGUGAUGAAUUGUUCAGAUAUUUUAGGACUUUGCUAAAUCAUGUUGCAAAACUUCAUUCGGACAAUAAAAACAUAUGCGUCCAUUGCGGUUUGUCUUUCCGGAAUUUGCCGAAUUUGCGAGCUCAUGUCUCAAGAAGACAUAGGGUUGCCAAUUUCAAAUGUCUCAAAUGCGAUUUGACCUUUACGUCCAACAAUUACUUACAAACCCAUUUAGGUAGAGUUCAUGGGAAUAAAAUUGUAGAAUGCUCUGAGUGCGAUGAAAGAUUUACGUCAGUAUAUGAAAUGCAAAGACAUAAAAUCGAUGCGCAUGCCUCGGGACAUAAAUGCAUGCAUUGUAACAAACUUUUCACAAGAAACUCAUUCAUGGUCAAUCAUAUAAGACGCACUCAUCUAAAAGAAAAGAAUGUGGAGUGUACUGUGUGUAGCGAGCGAUUCUUUGACGCUCAGCGCUUAAAGGUGCACAUGGUGAAACAUUACGGCGAAAGGAACUACCAUUGUGAUAUCUGUGGGAAAAAGUUUCUGUGGAAGAAAAAUUUAAGAGGACACAUGGCGUCGCAUAUUAAAAAUUCAAACCAAAUUCAAACCUAA